AUGGAUUUUGUUUAUGAAGAGCAAGUGCUAGCCAAUGAGGCUACUCCAGAUCCAAACCAAAAGCAUGAUGAAAAGACUGAGCAAUUAUUUGAAAACUUAGAAAAUAAUAUCAAUACCAAUUAUGAAAAGACUAAGGGUUUAAUCGAGAACUUCCUCCAUGAGGAUGACUCCAAUGAGGGAAUAAAUAUUGAUUUACCCAUUAGUGAUGAGUACACCGCUAAAGCCAAUGAACUAUUGGCCAAUUUAGAUAAUGGUUUAAAAUCAGUUGAGACAAAAGUUACUGAUACAGUAAAUUCUUAUUGGAAUAACUUUUCUGUGAACAGUCUAUGGGAUUCAAUUAAUACUGCUACAAACAGUGCUUUAAAUUCUAAAGCCCCACAGCCCAAUAGCAAUGUAGUCUUGGCAGGUAAUAGAACUGAAGCAGAAUUACAGAAGUUAUCGACGGAUAAAUCAAUCUAUUUGAAAGAUUUGAGCAUCAAAGUAGAUCCAAAAGUGGUUGAUAUCGAUUCUAAAACUGAUGAGAUUGCCAAAUUAUUGGAAGUUAAUAAAAAUUUAUCUAGUUUGAUGAAUGAUAUAGUACCAUCUAAGAUAAAUUACCAAACAUUUUGGUAUAUUUACUUCACUGAGAAAACAAAAAUAUUAGAUAUGGAAACUAAAAGGAAAACUUUAUUGAAUUCUUCAAAAACUUCUACUCAAGCUAUAAAGGAUGCAGAUGAAGAUUUAGGUUGGGAUGAUGAUGACGAUGAUGAUGAUUUUGAUAACACAGACUCAAAGAGUGAACCACCGGUAAUAAUACAAAAGAAGGAUGCAAUUGAAGAGCCACUUACGAAACGUCAAAAUGCUUCUUCAAAAACCAAACAAUCAGCUAAAUUAACCGAAAAUACCACUACUGCACAAGCUAAGGCUGCUGAUAUAUCUAAGGACGACGACGACGACGACGAUGAUGAUUGGGAAUAA